AUGAGCAUGGAUGAAGUGCAGGCUUUAAUGCUUGCGCUGACAUUUCACCACCAGAUUUCUGGUGCUCCUGUUUCCCUCCCAGAACCUGUUUAUCAAGCUGACGAAUGGGCAAAGCGUGGAAAGAAUAUUUUCAAUGCAUAUAUGGAUCGUCAUCCUCCGAUUCUGAUGGAAAGAUGCGGGGAAUAUGCGGCACCUCCCAUAGACUUCGAAGCGAUGACGAAGAGAUUGGCUUUCUGGCACACUAAAUUGCAGGAUCGCCGAGUAAAUGCAUGA